AUGCAGCUGCUACGACCGUCGCCGAAUCAUGAUCGGUUGGAAGUGGUUCAGUCCACUUUGGAUGUGUUGGAGAGAAUACAGCAGCCCGUGGCUUUCGUGGCUGUAGUCGGUCCUUACCACGGGGGCAAGUCCUUCCUGCUGAACGUGCUGCUCAACUCCACGCGCGGCUUCCCAGUUGGCACGCGUCCAGACCCCGAGACCCUGGGGCUGUGGGUGCGCAUAGUACCCCCUCACCGCCUGCAGGCGCGGGACGGAGCGGUGGUGGUGCUGGUGGACUCGGAGGGGCUGUAUGGGGACGGCGCUUCACGGGCGUAUGACGCCAAGCUGUUUGCUGUUGCCACGCUGCUGUCGUCCCAUCUCAUCUACAACACCCUGCGCACACUCGGUGACGCGCAGUCAGUGGCAGCAUUGGCGGACCUAGCGAAGCAGGCACAUGUGUUCAACCUGCAGAACUGGCUGCACUCAGGAGGGUGGGGCUUCGACCUCGACCUGCAGCAGCAGGAAGACUCCCCUUCACCCCACUCCACCACACCCCACUCCGCCUCCUCCCACUCCACCUCCUCCCACGCCUCCUCCUCCGUCUCCCCCAUGGUGUACCUGCAGCGCUACCUAGCAGCGCACGCGCGCACAGGAGACCAAUCUCUAGAAACCCUCUUCACACAGGGUAUAGCGUGCCUCACUGUGCGCACGCCCACGGAUAUCAACAGGCUCCGGGAGGAGGUGGGCGGGGCGGGGCUGGGCGCUGCUGAUGUGGAGCUGAUGUCAGCGCUGCAUCCAGGGUACCUUGCUGACGUGGCAGCCGUGCGAGAGCGCGUAAUUGGGUCGCUGGAGGCGAAGGGGGGUGCUGGGCAGAAGUUCACAGGGGAGACUGUGGCGCGCCUGCUCCCUCUUCUCGUUCACUUUGUGAACAGUGACUUCCCACUAAACGCCGAGCGCCACAUACAACAAGUCAUGCUGGACCUUCUGCUGGACGGCGCGUUCGCCUCCGCCGUCCACUUCUUUCGUCUGCAUGCCGAUGCUGCCCUCGACCGAUUCACUCAAGCCACCCGCGCUGCUGCUGCCAGCGCUGCUGCCGGUGCUAGUGAUAGGAGUGGGUUUCCUGCAGCUGCUGCUGCUUCUGCUGCAGACAUGGGUGGGACAGUUGAAGAGAGAGAAAAUUUUGCUGCUCCAAGCACUGCCAUUGAAUGGGACACGAGCGACCGUGCAUGGGACCUGAGCAGUGCUGCAGAGCCUGCUGCAGCUGUGGCAGAGGAAGCAGCUCGCACACCCGCCGCUGCUGCAGCACUGGCAUCCCCCACUCCAGCGUCUCGGCUGCUGUCAGCCACAUUCACAGCGGAGCGCAUGGAGCAAGUCCUUUCCAAGGCAGAGCAAGAUGCGCAGCACUACUGCAUGGCGCGCAGUGUGGGCGUGCCAGCAGACCGCUCCACCAUGACGUGUGGAGUGAGGCUCUUUGCAAAGCUCGACCACAUCAAGCCGCACUACAGGUCUAGCAAUGAGCACAACGUGCACGUGGCGCUGGCAGCACUGGCAGACGAGUUGCAGCAGGCAGCACACGCGGCUGUCGCUGCCAUACCCCUCCCACAGAGGGAGCAGCUGCUGGAGCAGCAGUGCGAGGCCGUUCACAUGGCAGCUGUUGACAGUGCAUUGAUUUCCAUUCCAUGCUGCCAUCUUACCACUCCUCACCAUAAAACUAAUCCCCUCCCUGACCCCCCCCACCCCCCUCCUUUCCUUUCUUCCCUUUCCCCCAACUUCACCCCCGUUUCACCACGUGCUCUCUGGCUCACGGCAGUCUGGGCGACCACAGCAGCAGCCCUCUGGCUCCCAUACUUCUACACUCUCCCCAUCCUUGACCAUCGAACAAUACCCUUUCCCCUAUACCCAACCCCCCUUUUCCCAGACCCAACCCCUUCCCCUUUCCUCCACACUGUUUCAUGGGCAGCGUGGGCGACCACAGCAGCAGCCCCACUCUUCUCCAUGGAGAUCCCUUCCCGCACCCAACCCCUCCCCCCUUCCCGCCCCUCCCCAUUCUUCACCCAACUUUCACCGAACGUUCUCAGGUUCACGGGCACUCUGGGCGACCACAGCAGCAGCCCCACUUUUCUCCAUGGUUCCCUUCUCGCACCCAACCCCUCUUCCCGCCCCCUCCCCUUUCGUCAACCCCUUUCACCGAACGUCCGCAGGUUCACGGGCACUCUGGGCGACCACAGCAGCAGCCCCUUGGCCCCCGUGGUUCGCUCCCGCCUCGAUGCUGACGUCAGCAGCCACUGCUCCGCCGCCACGUCAGCAAACGACCGGCUGAUCGCCGCCCUGCUGGGCAAGGGGAGGGUGGCGUACCACCGCACGUACCAUGACACGUUCCGGGCGGCAUUCUUGUCCUAUGCUGCCGCCCAUGCUCAUGCUCACGCCAAAACUCCUGAUGCCAACGCUGCUGAUGCUUCCCUUUCUGCUGCUGGUGCUGGUGACGCUGCCACUGCAGCUGCCACUGGUGCCAUCACCAGCAACAACAACCCAAGCACGUUCCCUUCCCCUACCGACGACCCGCACCUCUUCUCCCACGCCCUCUUCGCCCUCCUCCCCUCCUCCACGCCCCCUCCCCCCCCUCGAUGGCUCCUCUCCCUCCACGCCAACGCCUCCCUCCUCGCUCAGGAUGCCUUCUCUGCAGCCAUCGCCCAGGGGGGGCUGGCGUGGGUGGUGCCCGGGCACGAGAAGUUUGAUUUCUUUCUGUUCCAGGCAAUGCAGUGGGGCAAGCAGCGCGAGAGGGGGUUGGGGGAGGAGAAUGCGCGGAGAGUGCGGGGGUACUGUGGAGAGAUGAAGGGGAGGCUGGUGGGGGAGUAUCGGCGGAGCGUGGGUGAGAUACACCCAUUGCCAGAUAACGAGGAGGUGGUGGUGGCCAAGACGUCUCAAAAGUCGUCUACCUGCCCACCUGGCUUUCACCCCUUGUUGCCCUUCCAGGCUCGCCAUCUAGCCGCACUGGUUCUCGCCAAUUACAGCACGGCAGUGCAGCCUUACCUGCCAUCAGCUUCAGUGGAGGAGGUUCGGGUGCAAAUGCAGGCUCGAGUGGAGGAGGCUCGGCAGCGGCUGGUGGAUCGGAACACGGAGCUCAUGACAGCGCUGUGCUUCGAGCCUCUGAGGGACGCCCGGGACGAACUGAACAUGCAGCACCUAGCCAAGGCCCAGCUUCGGUUCAAAUCCGGAGCUGCCUCCACCACCCCCUCCACUUCCACCCCUCCUCCUUCUGCUGCUGCUGCUAUGGGUAACACUGCAAGAGACUCCCCCUCCCAGGGGGAGGUAGGGAAGUUGGAGGAAGGGAAGGGGGAGGUAGAACUGGUGGAGGUGGAACUGAGCGAGGCAACGAAGCACAGGGUGAUAUCUGCGUGGCUGCAGAGGGACCUAGCCGUCCACGCCAACACCGUUCUCACCAACUGCUGCCUGCUGCUCGCCUUGCUCGCUGCCCUCCUGCUGCUGCUGCGCUCCCUGCUGCUGCGAGUGAAGCGGGUGCUAGGGAGGAAGGGGAGGAGUGGAGGACAGAAGAGGGAGGGAGGGAGUGGGGAUAAAGGGGGGAGGCUGGGAGGAGGGGGGAUUGGGAGGGUGAAGAGUGAGGGGGAUGGGAGCGGGAGUGGGAGUGGGAGUGGUGGGGUGUGGGGGUUGGGGAUGAGGUGGAGGGGGAGAGGGGGGAGUGAGGGGGAUGGGAGGAGCGGAGAGGGGAGCAGCACGGCUGGGAGAGGGGGAGGAAUCUGGGGGCGGAAACAUGUGAACGGGGCAUGUGAAGGGGCGUAUGAUGGAGCACCUGAGGAGGCGAGACAUGGGACACGGUCGCAUGGGAAUGGGGCAACGGGGCGUGCAGGUGGGGCUGAUGCAGCAGCAGGGGCAGCUGCAGCCAAGGCAGAUUCAGCAGCGACAGUUGGUGGUGAGUCCGCAGGAGCAGUGGCAAGGUUGCUGGCAUGGCUGGCAUCUGGCAGGAGGGGGGCUGAGAGGCAGAGUGGUGGAGAGGGGCAUGAGCAUGGGGACAUGGCGCAUGGUGGAUUACCCAGCAGGUUUGCAGGCUUAGGCUCGACGAGAAAUGGCGGGAUGGGGACUACUCGGGUGAGAGGAGGCGUGAUGGGGAGUGAGAUGGCAACCAAUGACGGGGCGGCGAAUGGCCUCGUGGCCAAUGGUGUGAUGAACAAUGAGGCGAUGGCGAAUAGAUGGCAUGAAAUGGAGGCGGCGCUUGGGCCUGGGCAUGGUGUUUUGGCGGUGCAUGGAAAGGGGGCGGCACAGCAAGGUGGUUGGGCGGCACAGGACGGCGCAGCUAUCAUUGCCAAGCGAAGGAGUAGCUCCAGCAGUGGUGGUACUGCUAGCGGCGCUGAUGGGGAUGGCGAUACCGAUGGUGGUGGUGGUGACAGAGACAGGAUGGGGCAGGCAGCAAGAACGGUGCUGGCAGCGUUGUCAGCAAGAAGAGGAGGAGCAGGAGGAGGGUCAGCAUCAUCAGCUCUCAGAACCCUUCAAGACCGGAUAAGCAGGCAACAAGAGGGGCUUGGUGUGGACCAUUCAACCAAUACAAGCACCAGAGGGAACAAUGGUACCAGCGACGGCACACCUGCCCAUCCAACAACUCCUACAGGCAAAGCGGUGCCUCCCCCUGCUGCUGCCAGCUUCCCCAACAGUGCUACCAGCAGUCCAGGCAGCGUGGGCGGCAGUGGAGGGAAGGCCAGUGGCGCGUACUACCGGGCGGCUGAUGGGCAGUGGCGGCGGUUCAAGUCUGUCACAAGCCGUACGAUCCGGAUCUUCGAGCUCGAGGACGCGCGCGAUUCGGAGACGGGGAAAUCCGUGACGGGUGCGUGGGUGUGGGACGCGUCUCUGGUCUUCGCCGCGUGGCUCGGCGCGCACGGAAAGGCGUGGCCGGAAGGGUCAUGUAAAGACCUAAGGGUGCUGGAGCUGGGAGCGGGUUUAGGAGUCGUCGGGCUCGCCGCGGCGGCUUUAGGAGCGCGCGUGCUCCUGACGGACCGCGAUAUCAGGUGUAUGCGCGGGAUCAGGCGGAACAUUGCGGAAAACGCGCUCGAGGGGAGGGCGUUUGCGGCGCAGCUGGAAUGGGGGGAGGGCUUGCCGAGGCAGGUGCAUCUGGGGGAGGAGUUACCUAGGAGGGCGGAUUCUGGGGAGGAUGCGCAUAGGCGGACAUCUGGCAGUGCGGAAUUGGCGGAGACGGAUGGGGAGGUCGGCGGGCGGCGGGGAGGGAACACUGGAGCGUGCGGGGAUGGGGGGAGCGAAGGAGAGAGGGAGGAGAGAGAGACGGAUACCGGAGCAGCUGCUAUCCUACCAUUAUCUGCUCAUGGUGUGGUUGCUUGUGGUGGUGAUGGUGGUGCUACGGCUGCUCCUGCUGUUGACACGACAGCAGGAGCAGUGAGAGCAUCAGGAGAGCAAGCAGGAGCAGAAGCACCGCUGGCGGAGACUUUAGGAGCGUUGAGUGUGAAUGGAGGGGAAGGAGGAGUCGCCGAAUCUGAGUCGUUGGAUGUCGAGGAUUUUGUGAAGGAUCUAGAUCUGAUCGUUGGAUCGGAUAUCACGUACGAGGCAGAUCAGAUGCCCGCCCUCUGCCGCACGAUCAAGCAGCUGGCGGGACCUCGCACUAGGUUCAAGCCCUCUCAGCCCUCUCCAUAUUUUCCACUCGUGUCAAAUUUUCUUUUCAACUUCUCUUUUCCUGCCGGCUCCCCACCUUCAACUCAUAGCCGCUCCUCCCUCCCCUUAACCGCUCCUCCCGCUUCUCCCUUCCCCUUCCCCCUCCGACCUGCGCCCCCCCAAACUCUCCACCCCCCUCCCUCCCCCCGUCAGAUAUUCAUAGCAGUGGAGCUGCGCCCGUCCACGCCCCAGUGUUUCCAAGCCAUGGCAGCGCAGGGCCUCACGUGGAGGGCCGUGGAGCAGAGCGAUCUGGACCCCCGCUG